AAAAUGGGCUGACAAUCAGAACACCACAGAAACAUUCCCUCAAAGUCUAUGAUGGUGGUCAAAAUCUUGGACAUCUUCGGAGAGCAGAUGUUUUGGUGAUUUCAAGGAUUGUGCUGCUUUAUCUACUGUCCCGGAUGUUUCAGUCCAGAGGCCUCCGCAUGGAUCGAGGGCACUCUGCAUGGUUUCCAAGGCCAAGAUCCUGGUUACAAAGACCAACAUCCUGUUUCCAGAGGCGAUCCCUCAGAGCGUCAGCAGACCCCACCUCUUCAGAUGAUGUCUACAUCAGUUGCCUUUACGCCCAGGGCUUCCGCUGCACUCUGCAGCAGAGGCCCAGCUGCAGCAGUGCCAGGUUGACUCCCAAGAGCAAUGCCAGAGGAGCGGGAGGGAGGCCAGUGAGCAGUGCUCUGGGUAGACUGGAGAACAGCCCAGGGAGGGGGACCAGAGCCAUGAGCAGACCAGUUACUGCACCCGGGGGAGGAGGAAGGCGCAGAGACCCGGGCCAGAGACCUGGAGCUCAAAUCAGGGGCAGGACAGAAUGUCCCAGAGUGCCCUGCAACACCAAACAUGACGACACACAUAGACAGCAGCAGGACACGUGGAGGGGGAGGAGGCAUUUCUCAACAUCAUCCACACUGCAUCUUUAUCUGCCUUCUUCAUCAUACUAUGAGGAUGAAGAACAGGAGAUGGAUAUAGAGAUAGAGAAGGAGGAUGUGAGGCCAACAAUAGAAAACAACGGCCUACAAGACACCACAGAAAUGAUCAGAACACCGACCCCUUCAGAAAAUGUCACAAUGCUGAACCCUACCAAUAAUACCAGUCUACAACAGGAUCAUAAAGAAACCAUCCAAAUACAAGAGUCCCCUACAUUAAACCCCAGUCUACAGGGCCCCUCAGAGGAUAUCAUCAGGCCACAGGUCCCUACAGAAGACCUCAACUCAAUGGAGCCCACUGACAAUACCAGGUUUCAGGGGAUAACACAUUACAGAACAACUGGCCUUGUGUUCCCAAAGCAGAGAGCUCAUGGAUAUGACAUGGAACAGCAACAGGAAUGCAACCCUCUCCAGAUAAUGCCGGCAGCUGUUCAAGGGAGGGCCCCUACAUCUGUUAGGCAGCAUGUGAACAGACUCCCCAAAAUAAAAACCACCAAGACCUUUGUGUGGGGCCUUUCUGGACCCCAGGAGAUUAAGAGUGUGUUUGUUCUGCAGAGGCAUAUUGGCAGAUACACAAAUCAGACAUGAGAACAUUCAUAAUGCCAUUCACAUUGAAUCCCAUGUCAAUCCAUAUCUUGGGUUUGUUGGGAUAUCUUACCUGCCAGUGAGACCCAAUUCAUAUCCAAACAUAAGAAAUAGUCAGCUGAAAGGUUAGACCUUACAGGGGGAGCUGUGAUUGUAAAAACACAAUCUCACAUAACCUGAUCCAAGGAAAUUCCAGAGGCAAAGAUGAUAUUGUGAUCUUACUUCCUGUUCAGAAAAGGCAAAUAUGUGUGUUGGUCUUUUUGGGUGAAAGAGAAUGUGGUUUCCUAAUGAAAAAGCAUGUAAACAUGCAUGUAUAUUACACAUUUAGCUCUGGGCUAAAAAUACCUCAUAUGAGAUAUCAAAGUACACAGAUGGGCUUUGUGUUCAUGUCAAGACUGGGUUCUUCAAUUGUCCAGAUCAUUUUAGACAUAAUAGCAAUAACAUUACACGAAUGGUGCAGUGAAUACAGAACUGAAAUGAGAGACAUAAGAAAAUACAAAUGCAUGCCAUGGAAAACAGCAAGCGGAUGAGGAAUUACAAUAUAUUGUGUUCAGUCCCACUGUUUAUGUGUGCGAUGGUCAGCUGCUGAGACAUUUCCCAGUCAUAAGCAGAGCAGUGGAGAAUUCUAGAUAGACUACAGCCUGAGUGAUGCCUAUCCCCAGGACCCCAUACUUCAGCUUUCCUUUAGUCCCAUUACUUUAUAAAAUCAAAACCUUUCUGACCAACUCAUUUGGCCCCAUGACCAAAAUAAAUAAAACACAAAUAACAUUACCUUCGGUUAAUACCUUACAGUAGGUUAUGGAAUAUUUUGAAAUCAUUCUGCGUUGUUGGGAAGGGCCUAUAAGUAAGCAUUUCAGUGUUAGUCUACACCGGUUGUUUACAAAGCAUAUGACAAAUAAACAUUUGAUUUUGAUACAUUUUGCCCCCUUGUGGUGAAAAAAUGCAUCCUAUAGUCAUAGACCAGGCUCCAUUGAAGCCAUACCAUUUCAGUACUGCUGUUGAUCAAUGGCAUUUGCCAAAUACAUCAUACGACGUCAUUGGUUGCAGCAGCCAGAUUUCAAUUAAACACUUGAAAAACACCAUAGGCAGUGUUUUAACCAAUGACAAACAAGCCCAAUGAAGGCUGCGUCACAUCCGGACGUGAUUGGGUGUCCCAUAGGGCGGCGAACAGUUGGCCCAGCGUCGUCGGGGUUUGGCCGUCAUUGUAAUAAGAAUUUGUUCUUAACCGACUUGCCUAGUUAAAGGUAAAUGAAAAAAUAAAAAUCCAACAAGUACAUCCCUAUAGUUUAUGGGGUUGUGCUGCUGAUGCUAAUUAACUUUCCCACAAUCACAUAUUUAAUCAACCCUAUAGUAUUCUCUGAAGUCUGCACACCACAUAAUUGAGCAUGGGUGGAUUUGAGAGGGACCUCUAGGAAAUGUAGUUCUCAUUACUAAUUUUGACAUUGUUUGAGCUUUCUGUUUUACAUUAGUUAGUUUCCAGGUGUUUUCCCUACCGUUCCUGAGUAUUAUGAGGAUAUUGCACACAUACAAUACAGAUAAAUGAUGCAUAUGAUAGGAAGUACAAUACUUGUUUAUAUAGCCUUAUGAUUUUGUUAAUUUAAUCAUCACUAUGUACAACAUUCAGUACCCAUACACCCCAUAGGUCUUUACUAGUUAUUACAUUCCUGCUAUGAAAUACAGUCUUCAGAUCAGUAUUUUAGCAAAGGCAUUGAGGUUGUCCCAAUUCCAACUAAGAUACCUUUUUCUAAACACAGCAGAAUCCUCAGCAUACCAUAAUAUCCCAUAUCAGUGCAUAUUAAGGAUGCAAAAUGUCUCACCAAAUAAUUAUCCUGAAGAUGUUUGCAAUCAACACCCCAUCUGUUCACAUAGACCAUUUUGAGUGACAUCCCUUUACAGAAGACAACACUCUCUUUUUAGUCAAUUUAUUUGUACAAGACAAACGACCUUAAGCCUUGACAGCAAAUUUGCGAAUAGAAUACAGGCGAUCCUUUCUCUGCAUCUUCUUCGUUCGGAGAGUCUCCUCAUGCUUGUUGAGUCUCCUGCGGAUGGCACGAGUCUUCCUGGGUCUCAGGUCCAAGGGCUUAUAUUUCUUACCCUGAAACAUGACAUUCACAGUCAAAUUACAAUAAACACUACAUGGUCACUACAUGUGAUGUGUAAUAAAAAUAACCAGAACAAAACUCAAGAUUAGGACUGCUGCUAUUGCAUUUUGCUUCAAUUCUGGUCUUAAACUGGCCUUCAGCAUUUAGCUGGGCUGUAUAGUCAGGAGGCCUGGAAUUUUGUGAUUUUAGGGGCAGGGCCAUUUGGCCUUCAAGAGGUGACCAAUCUGCCAGGGCACCAAGGCCAUUAACCAAAAUAUGCAAUUAAAUUGAUGUGAAAAACAAUAGUUAUUCUGUUAAGAAAAACACAAAUGUGUGUAAAUGUAGACAAAUAGCCUACAUGUCGGAGUGUAGGUGAUAACAGGCUGUAGCCAAUGCACAUAGGUUAUGUGCAGACAUGGAAUCCCCUGAAAAUACUUGACAUAUGUAGGAUCAUUAUUAAUAUAUAAAGGCUUGAUUCUGUCCACAUAAUUGAGGCACUGUUCAUUCAGCUAGUAACUCCUUGCAAUUUUACCAUAGUUUAAAACCUGGACAUGUCAUUUUAUGAGGCAUAUCUUAAUGUGUUCCGACCAUAGGAAUGCUAAGGGGACUCGUUUAUAAACACUUCCUCAUGUGCCAUUGAAACCAGUAUUUCUAUUUUUUCUACUUUCUUUCUCCAGCAGCCAAAGACACAAUCCUAGUCAUUAACAACCUAUGCUUGUUUUUGCAUCUUUAGAUCUUCCCUCUUUCUACAGUUAAGUAUAUUGUCAUCUGUUAUAUGAAACUGCUCACUCUUAUGUGAAGAAAUAGCCUAAUAGUUGAUCAACAUUUUAAGCUAAACGUUCUGAACUGUUGCAUCAGCCUCAUUGCUUUUAAAAAGUUUGAUGUACAGUGGUUGUAUUCAUUUGGGAUCUAUUUUUUAUUUUUUUACUUUUAUUUAACUAGGCAAGUCAGUUAUUAAGAACAAAUUCUUAUUUACAUUGAAGGCCUAGGAACAGUGGGUUAACUGCCUUGUUUAGGGGCAGAACGAGGAUUCGAACUAGAACAUUUUCAGUUACUGGCCCAAUGCUCUACCCACUAGGCUGCCUGCUGCCCCAUCUAUCGCGUCCCUCAACUGUCCCAGAGUAUGGUUGGAAUAUUUAUUUCUCUCACAGAAGAACAAUCUGACCAAUAGAAUAGGUAAACUUCUGUACUAUGGGGGAUAGUAGAUUGACAUAGGCUAGUGCCUUUGUGGUUGCUUAAUCAUAUUGUUGGUUGACAAAGUAAAUAUUCUAUAUGCCCAUCAGAAUUUGAUAAGGACAUGUGCUGUUUCAUCCCUGAUGUCGGUUUUCACUUACAGCGUACUUUGGAGCUGCGAUGCCUGUGUGAAGGACUUGAUCACGUGACGUGCAUUGGUUAAUAAGAAUAUAGAUCUGAGAGCGCCAUGCAAGUGAGGUGCUUCGGAGCACGGUGAUAGGCAGCCGGGAGAAGGGAAUAAUUAUUAUUUUCAGCUCAAGUUCACUACGGCAUGGAUUUUUUAGGGGGCAUUACGGCCACACAAGGGGACAUCGACAGCCAUGUGCCAUCGGGAAAUUCAAGGUCUGAUAGUCAGGAUUAGCACUCAACCUAGUUCUGAAAUAUUGAGCUUACAUGGGUCACUUUACAAACUAAUCUGCAGCAAGAUUGACAUUUAAGAAAAGAAGCCAUAACCCACACCAUGUACAGCAGAUCACCAGCUGGGUGUCGACAAACGGUGGCAAGUCAACACGUCAAAUCAGAAAAUAAACCUAAAAUGUUGGCAGAUACUCCGUGGUCAGAGCCACCCGCUACUUUUAACCAGUCAUCAGUUUUGUUAAACUAAAGUGUUGAAUACAUGUGGGUAUGGGGCGGCAGGGUAGCCUGGUAACCAAAGGGUUGCAAGUUCAAAUCCCCGAGCUGACAAGGUACAAAUCUGUCGUUCUGCCCCUGAACAAGGCAGUUAAACCACUGUUCCUAGGCCGCCAUUGAAACUAAGAAUUUGUUCUUAACUGACUUGCCUAGUUAAAUAAAGGAAAAAGAAAUGAAAAUAAGUGGAGGGUGGUUGCUCUUACC